AUGGAGACCGCCCCAGGCUCAAUCCUCAUUGUCGGUUCUGGCCUUUUCGGGCUCAGCACCGCCUGGGCCCUCGCCGAGCGGCCAUUCUUCCGCAACACCGCCAUCACGGUUGUUGACGACGCCCGGGGCCAAUUCCCCCCGGAGGACUGCGCCAGCGUAGAUGCUUCGCGCAUUGUGAGGGCCGACUAUGCGGAUAGAGACUAUGCGACCCUGGCGGCGGAGGCGCAGACUGAGUGGCGGAAGCAGAAGGACCACGAGGUCGGAGGGCAGGGCCGGUAUGCUGAGAACGGUCUUGUGCUGACCGCCAACCAAUCGUACACAUCCAAGUCCGGGCACAAGACGGGCCUCGACUAUGUGAAAGCAAGCUGGGAGAACGUCACCCAGAUUGCCCUGGACACCGGUCUUCCCACAGAGAAAAUCGUCACGUUGGAGAGCCGCAAGGCCAUCCAAGAAUAUCUCGGCGCCUCAGGAAAUGUGGGUGACUGGGGGUACUCGAACACAUUGUCCGGCUGGUCGAAUAACGGAACGUCGAUGAAGUGGCUCUACGAGCGUGUCAAGGAAACAGGGAGGGUCGAGUUUGUAGACGCGUUGGUGGAGGAGUUGGUCACCGAGGGUACAAGGGUGGUGGGCGCCAGGCUGAGGGAUGGCGGGGUUCUUAAGGGAGACGUGGUAUUUGUCGCGGCGGGUGCCUGGACGGGCGCGCUGAUUGACCUGAGAGGGCGGUGCGAGGCGACGGGGCAGGCUGUCGCGUACGUUGAGAUUACCGAGGCGGAGCAGAAGCGUAUGGAGCAUCAGCCCACGAUCCUCAACCUUUCCACAGGACUCUUUGUCCUCCCUCCCCGGGAGAGGCUGCUCAAGGUAGCGCGACACGGGUUUGGCUACCUCAACCCACAGACUGUGCCGGCUGCACUGCCACUGUCGCACAAGCACAAGCGACAGCCCAUUGUUGUAUCGGUUCCCAGGACGAUUCGUGACAACGGGUUCGAUGGUCUGCCUGCCGAGGGCGACCGAGACCUCCGAGAAGGCCUCCGGGACCUGGUUCCCUUAAAAGACGUAGACCAGCGGCCAUGGGUGAAGACGCGGCUCUGCUGGUACUCGGACACCAGAGACGCAGACUGGCUCGUGGACUGGCAUCCUGGAUGGGAGGGACUGUUCAUCGCUACCGGAGACAGCGGACACGGGUUCAAGUUCUUGCCUGUCAUUGGCGACAAGUUGGUGGACUGCCUUCAGGGUAGCGGCGGCAAGCUUGGGGACAAGUGGAAGUGGAAGCACAUUGAGGACGACGGUCUCGGGAAAGAAAUAAACGGAGUCUAUCGGGGGUUGAACACCUGGGACGGUAGUAGAGGAGGACUGCCCGACAUGAUCUUGGAUGAUGAGAUAAAGAAGCUUCGUGAUGGCAAAACAUUCGGAAAGUGGGGCUCAUCUGCAGUGUCACCAACCUCCAAAGAAGCGAAAGCUGCCUACAAAAUGCCGCCCGACCAGGCCCCGCACGAGUUCCCAAACGUCAAGGCGAAGCUCCAGAAGCCAACGAAGCAGUCGGCCUUUGAGAAGCAAAAGGCAGAAGCCGAGGCGAAGCGCCUGCGCGAGGAAGCCGAGACCGCGGCUGUAUACCAAGAUUUCAUUAAGAGCUUUGAUCGAGAGGAAAGCGGCGAUAGAAUCGAGGACAAUGGGAGGAGAUUGGCGCCGUUUGGCUCACAGGGCUUCCCAGGUCCCAGGUCGGGACUUGGCGGGCCUGCCCCAGGAACCUCGAAGCGGCACUUUGGCGCGCCCAAUGUGAAGAGUGGCCCGGGGAGCCUCGGGCCGGCACCGAAUUCGUUUACGAAGAAGCGAUCUUAUCAGGAUAUGUCGCGAGGGCCAAGAGAUAGGCAUGAUGACUUUGAUCGAUCGUCCUUGUCAGUGCCGAAGGCGUUCCGCACGAGCGACGAUGAAGAUGAGGAGAUGGGCGGCGCGACCGACAAGGCAGAAGAGAAAGCCAUCGCUAGGCCUACGCUGCGCUUACUCAACUUGCCCUCCUUAUACUCGCAGGCUGCCAUCAGGUCCAAACUUCCAUCCAACCUGGUUGUAGAGGACGUGAAUUUCCAGAAUCUUGCAGGGGCUGGGAACUAUGACACGAGAGUCAAGACCGCUAUUGUGACACUCUCAAAGGAGACGCCAGCCAACGAUAUCGACGCAGCCGUCAGCUCUCUACAGAAUGAAUAUCUGGGCUGGGGGCAGUACUUAUCGUUGCAUCGACACCUUUCAUCCGCCGUCACCAGCGCGUCGACUCUUACGAACCUUCCUGGCUCGGGGUCUGAAUCACAUCCAUUCGGGGCAAAGCCAGUUGAACAGCCUUCCGACUCGCACAGCACACAAAGAGACUCCGGAUUCCAACGAGGCUUUGCGCCGCCAUCGAGCUACGAUCAUCAGAUUAGCAAUGUCAGCAGAGGCAAACUCCUCCAUGUCCCGGUCAAACCCCCGGAUGACAUCAGGAUUCUUCGACUAAUCAACAAGACUAUUGAGCAAGUUCUCGACCAUGGCCCUGAAAUCGAGGCGCUCCUCAUGUCACGGCCAGAGGUGCAACGCGAGGAAAAAUGGGCGUGGAUAUGGAAUGCCAGAUGUCCAGGAGGCGUGUGGUAUAGAUGGCGACUGUGGGAGAUUGUUACUGGCUCUGGACACCAGCAAAAGAGGCCAAAGUAUGUGCCUCUGUUCGAUGGUGGCAAUGCCUGGAAGGUCCCCGAGGAGCGCCUCCCUUUUGAAUACACUACGAAGAUCGACGAGUUUGUUUCGGAUUCGGAAUACAAUUCAUCAGACGACGAAGAUUUCGACGGUGAAGGCAACCGCGAUAAUCAGGGAGAUGAGAAAGAGAAGAGCUUUCUCAACCCGCUGGAGAAGGCUAAGCUCACCCACCUGUUGGCCAGGCUUCCUCCGACAAUGUCGAAACUACGAAAGGGGGAUAUAGCCAGAGUUACGAGUUUUGCAAUCGCCCACGCUAGUCGUGGUGUUGAUGAAGUGGUCGACAUGAUGAUAUCAAACAUCGAAAAGCCCCUCUCCAUGUCAAUGGCCAACAGGGAUAGAAGUCAAGACAAAAAGGAAGGCAGUGCGCAAGGGACUGCUGCAGAUGAGAACAACGCAGCUGACGGGCAGGAUCCAUCCGCGGCAAGUUUAGUUGGGCUCUAUGCCGUCGGCGACAUCCUCUCUUCGUCGUCUUCGAGCGGUGUACGCCACGCAUGGCGAUUCCGGCAACUCUUUGAGGUGGCGCUACGGAAUCGCAAAGUCUUUGAGCGCCUGGGUAUGAUGGCUGAAAAGUUCAACUGGGGCCGCCUACGAGCAGAGAAGUGGAAACGGAGCGUCAAUCUGGUCCUGAGCUUGUGGGAGGGCUGGUGCGUUUUUGCUGCAGAGAGCCAAGAUCUCUUUGUACAAAGCUUCGAAAACCCUCCCUCAGCCAAGGCCGAUGAAAAACCGGAUGAAGGGCAGAAGAAGAAUAAGUGGAAAGUGGUGGAGCAAAAUCAAGCACAGGAGACAGGCUCGAAAAGUCCUUCGGUGGCGGCGGCACAGGGACAGACGGAUCUGGUCUCUCACGGUAAGCCUGGCGAGCCUGUGGAGGAGGGUGACGUAGGUGGUGAGCCGGUUGAGGAUGAGAACAUCGAGGGUGAGCCGAUCGAUGAGGAUGACCUCGAGGGCCAGCCAAUAGACGAUGAUGAUCUUGAGGGUGUGCCAAUCGAUGAGGACGAUAUAGAGGGCGAGGCGCUUGGCGGCGGAGAGGAUCUGGAGCCAAUGGGGGAGGACACAGUUCGAACAAGUCAUGCUUCGUCACAUUCUGCCAUGGCGGGAGACAAGGGGCCCGCGGACAUGGUUCUGGCAGAGUCCAAGGGUGAACCCAGCCGCGCCAGUCACGCAGAUCUCUCCCGCGCCAAAGGCGUUGGCCGUAAGCCUAGAAUGCGUGCGGUCGAUAUGUUUGCUGACUCCGACGGCUCUGACGGGGGUUCAUGA